AUGGAGGAUUACUUAAAUGGAAUUGAUGAAGAGCUUUGGAAUUGUAUCAGUGGAAAAGGUCUACUUCCUGAUAAUGUUCAAUCAAUUGGACAAUCUACUUCUUCAGAAGAAGUUGCUGAACAACAGAUUCGCUUGAAGAAUAAUGAGAAAAGGUGUAUGAGAGAACUAAGAGGUGCUUUGCCUCCUGUGGUUUACAAUUACAUUCGUAGUUGUAAAAUAGCCAAGGACAUUUGGAUCACACUAAAAGAGAAGUAUCAAGGUAGCGGAAAGACGAAGAUCAAUUAUGUUAAGCAGUGUCUUGUUGAACUUAAGGAAUUCAGACAAAAGGAUGUUGAAACUCUUAAAAACUACUAUGAUCGUCUGAAUGAGCUUAGUUAUCAUUGCAGCAGAUAUGGAAUCACAAGAUCUCUGAUGGAGUUCAAUCUAACAUUCAUCAUGGUUCUUCGCAAAGAAUGGCGUAGUAGUCUAGGAGGUCCUUUGGCUUUAGUUUCAAAGGUUAAUGAAAUUGAUACUGGUGAAAAGGAAGUAUCAGACAAUGAAGGUUUCUUAAUGAAUUCUGAUGAUGAAGCACCUUUCGAUCCAAAAGGAAAGCCAAAUGAUGCAAAGAGUGGUUUUAUAAAAGUUGGAGGUGAGGAAAAGAAGAAAUUGGGAAAGGUUGAAGAAAAGCAGAAAGAUGCGAAGGCAGAGAAGAAACUAAAAGGUGAUUUUGGAAUUAAUUGUCAUUACUAUAAUGGUGCAAAUCACUUCGCAGUUGAUUGUAUGCUGAGAAAGAAAGAGGAGAAGAAAAGCAAAAUAAAAGAUGAAGCCUACUACUCAGAGAAGCUUGAGGAGGUGCGUGCGAAGGCAAAAGGAUUGUCAUUAGUUGCAAAAGGAGAGUCUGAUGAAGAAGAAAGUGGAACUUAUUAG